UUUUUUCAAACUAAAGUGGGUCAUAUGUAGUUUCCCUUCUACACAUUUUCAUCACUACUUUUUUAGCCUAUACUAUUUCCUCUUUCCUUUCUUUUCUUGAAUUCUCCAAAAUUUAUUUCCACUAUUAAUCAAAUUAAACUCGCAUAUAUCCUCAUGUGGUUGAUAUCACUUCAUCUCCCCUUAAUUAAUCAAAGACGUUAACACAUCUCUUAAUGAUAGUAAAUAAUCAUGCAAAUUAAUAACCCCUUCUUUUUCUCUUUACUACCAAAAACACGUCAACUAUGAACCCUCAAUCACCAACCACAAGAUCACCAGCCCUACCACUACCACCCUCCUAUAGCAACAACAACCACAACGACGAUGACAACGAUGAUGAUUUUCGUGACAUCCAUGCUCUAACACCGCCUUCUCACCCCGUGCCUCCUAGUCGACAACGUAUGUUUGAUGCUACUAGUCGUCGAUCAUCCAACCUAUCCGUGGCAAGCGACAUCACCAACUCUAGCGAAAAUUUUACUACCAUGAGUAGGGAGUUCAACGCUCUUGUUAUAGCGGGGUCCACUAUUGAUCACAACGACUAUAGUACCAAUAAUAACCAAGUUAGUGGAAAUAACGGAUAUGGAUAUGGAUAUGGAAACGGAAAUGGAAAUGGAAAUGGAAAUGAUCGGAGUAAUAAUAAUAUAAAUUUAGAUAGGAUCGGAGAAGAGGAGGGGGAGGCCGAGGAGACUAAUCCGUUGGCUAUAGUGCCGGAUAUUAACCCUUUGCCUUCCCCUCCCGGAAGGCAAGGGAAUAGGAAUGAUUCAUCAUUAGGUCAUCAUUUAAUGGGAUCGAGUAGUCGUAGUACAACUACUUAUAAUAAUAGUAACAAUAAUAGUAAUAGUAAUAGUGGCGGGGAGAUGGCUAUACAUCAUGUAAAAAAAGAGGAGGUUGAAACAAAGAUCGCGGCAUGGCAAACCGCUAAGAUUUCGAAAAUAAACAAUCGGUUUAAGAGGGAGGAUGCGAUAAUUAGCGGAUGGGAAAAUGAACAAGUUCAUAAGGCUAAUUCUUGGAUGAAAAAAAUAGAGAGAAAAUUGGAAGAGAAACGAGCAAAAGCCAUGGAAAAGACGGAAAACGACAUAGCAAAAGCACGUAGAAAAGCCGAGGAAAGGAGAGCAUCCGCAGAAGGAAAGAGAGGAACCAAAGUGGCUAGGGUGCUUGAAGUAGCCAACUUAAUGAGAGCUGUUGGAAGACCACCAGCUAAACGCUCUUUCUUCUAAGCAUUUUCUCGUUAUUUUUAGAAAUUUUAUACGCCGUAGUUUGCAAUAUGAUAUCUAUGGAGUAAUACUAGAAAGUACAAAAUUUACUAGGCACUAAAAAAAGUGUCCUAUAAAUGUUAAAAUCCUCUGUUUUUUGGAUACAGAGGUUUCCAAGUUUAAAAAAACAUGUUAGUGUGGUGUGUUUUAAGAGGAAAUGCAAGUUAGCGUUUCUCUUUGUUAAACGUUUUGGGUUAUCAUGGUAAUGGUGCCUUGAGCCGUUGUACAGUUUUGUUGUUGUAACUUGUAAGUUACAAGGAACUUAAUUUAUGAAGUAUGAAUGUAUGAUGCAUGUUUGCAAAUGAGAGUUAUGGUGUA